CAUAAGUCAUCCUAUACAUCGUGGACUUGAUAAGCUGACAUAAUUACAAGUAAGCCUCAGUAAACAUGCGGCUCGCUAUCACAUACCUAAACUUUCACAGCAGGAAAUAACCCCCAUCACGGGUUACGCACUUUCCAAGCAUCCACUAAACUAAGGCACCUAAGGGGUUAGCGAUUAGUGAUAUGCACUGCACUGCAUAUGAACAGAUGCAGGUGCCUGGCAGCCUUCACCGAUAUCUCCAGGCUACAUUCACUCACAUCUUGCUUUCCGUGUAUCAACCUGAAAACUUAAUUUGACUUUAUUUCAAACAAUACCAGUCAAAACAUCUCACCAUUGCAGUCAUUUAGACUUGGACUUACCUAGGUACUACCUAGCUUUCACUACGACAUCAGCUUAUACGUACAUGUAUAGUCCUCCGCGAUGUCUUCACGCCAGCUUCUCCGUCAUAGACCCCGGAUCACAACGGUGACGCGUCUCUCGCAUCCUGUGCCAAGACCAAUAAGGCGUUCUAUAAGCACUGAGACGCCACCAAAGUCAUCUUCAUCAAGUAGCACUGUCGCUAUAUCUUUCGCCGCAGGAAUCACAGUUGCUUCGCUCACAAGUUGGUUCUUGUCCCGUGGGGUGAAAAGUUCAGACUCUUCCAACUCACCCACCAUAUCGAAUACCGAGGGAGACACCAAGAGCCUCAACAUCCCAGACCUCAAUAAACUAGGCUUAUCCGACAAGAUCACCUACACCCCAACCCCGACCUCAGAAAGCGUCACACAGCAACUAAACGAACACGCCUUCUCCCUCCCCGGGGGCGGGACCUUAGUAACCCGCUACGACGGCACCCAAGUAUCCUCGAACAGCCCAUGCGAAGACGCCUUCAUCCACGGGCGCUUCGCUAACCCAGUCGACAAGGCCGGCGCCGACUGGCUGACCUGGGGUGUCUUCGACGGCCACUGCGGGUGGCAGAUGUCGGACCUACUAACGCGGCAUCUAAUCCCUUUUGUUCGCCGCUCACUCACCAACGCCGAGCCAGUGAGCGAGGAAGCCGUACACCUAGCUCUUAAAAAAGCGUUCACGACCCUCGACGACACGCUCGUCAAGUCCGCCCUCGCAACCAUCGAAAGCGACCUUUCCUUCCCAGAGAAGGCGCGCCGUCUCGAAGUCGCGUACGCAGGAGCCUGUGCGCUCCUCACGCUCUUAGAUCCGCGGACACGGACUCUCACCGUAGCAUCGACAGGUGACUGCCGCGCGGUUCUAGGGCAGAAGGGCAGUGACGGGAAAUGGGUAGCGACAGACCUAUCGAAAGACUGCACGGGGGCCAGCGAGGACGAGAUCGCGCGGAUCCAAGCGCAGUUCCCGGACGAGCCGGAGGUCGUCAAGCAAGGGCGCGUAUGGGGCAUGCAGCCGUCCCGCACUUUUGGCGACGGCAUGUGGAAGUGGUCGUCUGCGCUGAAAGAUACCCUUAGGAACUGCUACACGGGUCUUAGUCUGCCGUCUGCGGCGCGCUAUGGUGCGUAUAAAGAGGGCCCGUACUUGACUGCCGAACCGCUUGUUACGACGACGAAGAUUCCGGAGAAGGGCCCUUCGUUUGUGAUUCUGGCGACGGAUGGGUUGUGGGAUAUGAUGACGAGUGAGGAGGCGGUGGGGCUGGUUGGGAAGUGGGUGGAGUGGCGCGAGAAAGGCUCGGGGAAGCCGGUGUUCCCGCCGACGGUGGAUUUUGGGGAGACGGUGUUGGGACGGAAGGGGGUUUGUAGGUAUGAGGAGCAGAAGACGACGGUGCAGGAUGAGAAUGCGGCGGUGCAUUUGGUGAGGAAUGGGCUUGGGGGCGCGCAUGAGGAGAUGGUGAAGGGGGCGUUGACGUUUCGGUACCCGAAUUCGAGAGAUAUCAGGGAUGAUAUCACUGUUCAGGUCGUCUUCUUUGCUCCCGCUAAGGGGGAGUAAGUGAGGGGUUAGCGAAAAAAGGAGAGAAAAGGAUGGGAUGCGUGUCGUGCAUACUAGCAGGCGUUUCGAUAUCAUACAUACCAUAUUAUGGGCGUUUUGGUUUCUUGCGGUCUUGGUAGACGGCGCGGAAAUGCGGGAUGAGUAAAAGAGUUAGAUAUGAUAUAUAACGAGCAUGAAUAAUGAGUUACCGAA